AUCCCUCUCCUCCCAUCGCCGCGGCCUAAUCCAUCUUCCCCCCACACGCGCGCCCGCCACCGAGCCAGCCAGCCAUGGCGCUCUCCCUCACCACCGCCUUCUCCCACCUCUCCCUCCCCUCCACCUCCGCCUCCAAGCCCCACCCGCUCCCUCUCCUCCUCCGCCUCCCGUCCUCCUCCCGCCGCGGCCCCCGCCUCGCGCUCUCCGCGUCCGCCGCCGAGGCCGCCGAGCCGGUCGAGGCGGAGGCGCCCGCCGCCGAGGACGAGGUGGUGGCCGUGGAGGACGAGCUGUCCGGGGCGGCGCUGCGCAAGUACGUGAAGCAGCGGCUGCCGGGGGGCUUCGCGGCGCAGCGGAUCACCGCCACGGGCCGCCGCAAGACGGCCACCGCCCGCGUCGUGCUCCAGGAGGGCACCGGCAGGGUCUUCAUCAACUUCCGCGAUGCUAAGGAGUAUCUGCAAGGAAAUCCAAUGUGGAUGGAGUACUGCAAGGUGCCUCUGGUGACCCUAGGGUUUGAGAGCAGUUACGACGUCUUUGUAAAAGUUCACGGGGGUGGUCUCUCAGGCCAAGCCCAGGCCAUUUGCCUCGGCGUUGCCCGUGCAUUGGUGAAGAUCAGCAAUGCCAACAAGGUUACUCUGAGGUCAGAAGGUUUGCUGACGAGAGACACUCGUAUUGUUGAAAGAAAGAAGGCUGGUCUUAAGAAGGCACGCAAGCGUCCGCAGUUCUCAAAGCGUUGAGUAUGCUUCCUUGUUGUUAGAAUCGUUUAAAAGUUCUACCUUCCACAGCUUGAAUUGGCCCCUUCUGUCAUAUUCUGUGCAAAUUCCUGUGCUCCUCGACAGACUUGCAAUCUUCAUUCUCUGUAAGCAAUUUUAUUGAGGUCAAAAAAGGCAAUUAUCUUGAAAUCAUUCCUGAAAUCUGAUGGGCACAGCUGUUCAAAUCUACAUCCUGACACAGCACA